GGACUGGGUGUUGCCUUGGUGUCUCGGAGCUGAAGUCAGACAGUGUUGGUCCAGUCCGUUAGCCGCCGUCCUUACCACUCUCCCCCCGCUGUCUACUCUGAUAUCCUCGCUGAAUCUCGACCCCCCCUACGGAUCAACAAUGGGAGUUGAAGGCUGCACCAAAUGCAUCAAGUACAUGCUCUUCUUCUUCAACUUCAUCUUCUGGCUUACAGGAGGUGUGAUCCUGGGCGUGGCCCUGUGGCUGAGACACGACCCAAAGACCAGCAACCUGCUGGAGCUGAACUUUGAUGGAGCCCAAGCCCCCAGCACCUUCUACAUCAGUGUCCACAUCCUGAUCGCUGUGGGUGCAGUGAUGAUGGUGGUCGGUUUCCUUGGAUGUUAUGGCGCCAUCCAGGAGUCCCAGUGUCUUCUGGGAACUUUCUUCGCCUGCCUCGUCAUCCUGUUCGCCUGUGAAGUAGCAGCUGGAAUCUGGGGCUUCAUGCACAGAGAAACUGUGUCGAAGGAGAUGAUGAACUACUACGACUCGGUGUACGACAAGGCCAUGACACAAAGUCUGACUGAUGAUAAGAAGCAGGCGGCUGCCUCUGUGCUCAAGGUCUUCCACGAGACGCUGAUCUGCUGCGGUAAAGGACAGGGCUCUACUUUUUUCACACGCUUAACGGACGCGGUCGGCGUGACCGACCUCUGCCCCUCCGGUGGAACCACAGUGAGCUGCCACAACAGGAUCCAGGAAUUGUUCUCAGAUAAGAUUUAUCUGAUCGGUAUUGCCGCUCUGGUGGUCGCUGUUAUCAUGAUCUUUGAGAUGAUCUUCAGCAUGGUGUUGUGCUGCGGGAUCCGUAACAGCCCGGUGUACUGAAGCGUCUGACCACCAGUCGGCUCGCUGAUGAAGGAGGGACGACCUCGCCGUCUGUCUCAGUGUUGUUUUUUUUUUUUUUCUUGUUUUUUUUUCUUUUAUAAGCAGGAGAUGUCACAUAUAUUGCUUGCUGGAUUUAGUUAGCUCUGUGAGACGAUGAUGUAAGCCAUCCUCCAUGGAGCAUUUUAACGACACUGUCUAUGAAGUUUAUGUUAGUUACAGAUGCUGUUCUGCAUAUUUAACCCAUGCUAUCCUAACCUGAUAGAUCUUAUAUCACACUGUCACACCUGAGUUACACACACCUGUCCUGGUGCUCUAAUCCUUUGACUUGUUUACUGCUUUCUAUUCUUGGUUUUAUGGAUGUUUUUCACUGUUUUAUGUAUAAACUGUAUAUAAAUAUAUAUAUUAACAGUGCUUUAUGACUGCCUGAGCAUGGAGGUUGUAUUACACUCUGCCUACACUCUUUGCUUGUCUGUGUUGCUCCAGACUGAACCAGGUGAUGUGUCUCUGUUUCACAUCCACAUCGCUGUGUGGCGUCUGCACCAGCUGACGAUGGGAGGAGUUUAUCCUGGAAGCUGCUCAGUCGCAUAAAACCUUCAAAUUAUUCUCCCUUAGUUGACUUAGUCCUUUCAAUUAAAAUAAGUUGCAUCCCUUUGAAUAAAGUCAUGUAACUUUAACAUAAAGUCUAGCCUAACUUAGGCAUCCAAAACUCACAAAUUCAGCCUAUUGGUCUCAAAAUCUGCAACAUUUCAAAUGAAAUCAGGAGAAACAGGAUGAGGAACUCUUGAUUGUUUCAGCUCAGGGUUGUGUUUGAACUACAGUCUGUAAACCUCCUCUGAUGUGAUCUCUCUGAGAGUAUAAGUUAACUGAUAAAAGAGAAGUCUAAAGGAGGAAAAUUAAAAGCUUUUAUGCCACUUGUGCGUUUUUACAUCAGUCCACACAUCGCUCGCUGCCUGCAGACGACACAGGGUGAAACUCCAGCCUGUGGUCAAACAGAGACCUGGUUUUGUUUUUUCCUUGUCUGGUUCAGUCUGGUCCUGUCUCAUCGUUCUGUCCCGUCAGCUUCACAGCGAAUUAACCUCCUCAUCGUCAUCCUUCAUGUAACAACUGAUCACCGGUGGUUUGCUGUCCUGCUAAUUUCGCUUAUCUGUUAGUUUGACCCUGAAUGCUCUCCAGAAACAUGUUUGAACAAGUGUGUUUAGUGUGCACGCGCAGAAAAGAACAGGGACAGACUCCAUUAACCUGUGGGGAAACUGGAACUUUUUUUUUUGGGGUGCAGUCGCGUCCGCAGGGUUAUUAAAUCAACAGGAGGAAGAAAUUCAUUUAAUUGGGGGGAUUUCUCAGACGUCAGGGCGUCGAAUUGCCUCAAGGUUAAGUCCUGUGCCCUGCAGAGGCUAUAGUCCUCACAUGGGGGCUUCUGUGUUCGAUUUAGAUCCUCCCAACACUUAAGAAAAGGUCAAACCAAACUCCUUUUUAAAAAAAAACAGUACUGUUUGCUUAUUGUCUUGCAAACCUGACAAAUCACCAAUUUCAGACUUUUUACAAAUCUGCAUCAUGAUGGAGUCGUUUCAGCAUCCUUUCAACCUGUUUACUGUAAUUAAAUCCUGUUUAUUUUGGGUUCAGGGUGCUAUAACAAACCUGAUCUUAGCUGACUUCAUUCAAACAAAUGUUUGCACCAAAUCAUUUGAGCGGACCUUAAAGUUGCUCGUUGAAGUCACAAACCCGGACUAUAAGAAAUAGUUCCAGCCUGCAGGUAAUGCGUAACCUUCAUGAGUUGUUAGGGGUGCUAAUGGUUUUGUGUCUGCUCUGUGAGUCAGUUUCACCCUCUCAGGUUGAUUGUUGUGCUGACUUUAGUCUUGUUUAGUUUCAGGCAGCGCAGUCACAUUAACACCUUCACCCUCAGGAUCACACCAUGCCGCUCAUUCGCUCCCACACACACACAGGCUAGAAAAAUCCUCUGUCCUGAGCUCUGCUCCUGCUCGUCUCAUUUUAACGCUACACACACACACACACACACACACACACACACACACACACACACACACACACAGUCCUAGCAUCAACAUCAUCCUGUGUAACCUUUCAUACUAUCACUAAAACCUUGUCUUGUUUAACAUCCCAUACUUAAACUGAGAACCAGUAAAAGUGUCUUGUAAUAUUUACAGCUCUGAUGUAUUGUACUAAUGAAUCAUGAAGGCUGUAGAGAGACAAUGUAUGCCUUUUUUCCUCUUGUAUUGUGAUAACUUGUCUGGUACGUCGUGAAGGAAGUCUGCACAGAGAGGGGAGGGGUUAUUGUGUGGCAGUGCGAACUGAGAGGAAAUCAAACCUUCACCCUGUCAGUUUCUCUGACAGACUGUCCAUGAUGCUGACUUUUUGAUCCCCCUGCCACUUUAAACUGACCCCUCUCUGCUCCUGUAGACUUUGGUUUGCCCAGAUAUAAAGGGAUUAAAUGUUCUUUACAAAUAAA